UGUUCGUUCGCUCGUUCAUGGUCACCGAUCGUCCUUAUCUUUCCCGUGCUUCUUGAUUGCUCGCUUUGCUUAACGCUGCCCUUUCUCGGCCUACAUAAUCAAUCUGAAUUUGUCUCGGUUUUUGAGACUUUUGAUCCCGCGAGGCAGGGAUCACCGAGGGAAGGCAGUGAUUAAUCGCCAUAAAAACGAAAACCAUGCCAUCGGGUCGAUUGCGUGUUCUGACCGUUGUUCUAUUGGUCUGGGGCAGCAGUGUAUACCCGAGGGAUGUUCACGGAGAAGAGGCCAGUGUCGAGACCGUGUUUGACCCCAAUGAUGACCAGCAAGGCUACCAGCGGCGCUACAUCAUCGAAGUCUUGAGCAAGAAGGAGGAGUGCUUCUUCAUUGAAAACGUUCAGGAGAAUCAAAUCUUCAAUUUCCAUUUCAUGGUGACCAAUACCGACAGCUCUGGGAACCCGUUGGAUAUCUCCACUAAAAUUCGAGCGGGUCCGAAGGGGAAAGUGGUCAACUUCCAGAGUCGUCGCAAUGAGGGUAAACUAAUUGGGCAUCCGAUAGUGGAAUCCGGUGACUACGAGAUUUGCUUUAACAACAGGUUCUCCAUGAUGGAGUCCAAGCGGAUAUUCUGGCAAUUCGAGGUCGAGGGUCAAGUGGACGAGCUGAAGGAGCUGCACAAGGCUGUCGAUGAGUCUCUCACUGAGUACCAAGAGUCGGCCAAGAUGACGAAGCGAAAAAUCAGCUUGGUUCGUGGCAAAGUGUCUCGUAUCCGACAUUCUCAAUGGAGACAUGAAUCCCUCAUGAAGAAAGACAUGAACCGAGCCGAGGCCAUGGCACUGAUGAUUGGUCGAUGGAGUAUCGCUCAAGCAAUUGUGGUGGUUUUUAUUGGACUUGGUCAAGUCUAUUUCUUGAGAAGACUCUUCAAUACUAAAGCUUCGCCGCACAGGAUUAAUGCCAGGGCUUAAAACUAGCCUGCUACACUGCGUUUCUGUGCUAAGAUUCUGUGAUCCCUUCAAGACAGAUAUUCAAGGGUACAACGUUAUGGGACCAACUUGAACAAAUGAUCUUUCAUGAGCAUUAUUUGUUCCAUUCCUCGGUCAUUCAUCCGGCUCAAAAAUACAUACAUAUUUUGUCAAAAA